AUGAUUCAUGGCCCAUGCGGUACUUUUAAUCGUUCAUCGCCUUGCAUGUCAGAUGGAAAAUGUACAAAAAAUUUCCCUAAAGAUUUCACUAACGAUACAAUCACAAAUGUCAACGGAUAUCCAAUAUAUCGUCGAAGGAAUCCAGAUAAUGGCGGACAAUCAUUUAUUAAAAACAUCAGCAACACAGACAUUGAUAUUGACAGUCGUUGGGUCGUGCCAUAUUCGCCCCUGCUGAGCAAAACAUACAAUGCUCAUAUUAAUGUUGAGUUCUGCAGUUCUGUGAAGAGCAUCAAAUACAUUUGCAAGUAUGUCCAUAAAGGCAGUGACAUGGCGGUGUUUAGAGUGGAAAAUACCAAUGUGAGUGCUUCUCCAGUAAAUAAAAACGAUGAAAUAACGCUCUACCAAAUAGGUCGGUACAUCAGCUCCAAUGAAGCUGUUUGGUGUAUCUUUGGUUUUCCAAUUCAUGAACGGGAUCCAGCAGUUGUUCAGUUAGCCGUUCAUCUUGAAAAUGGUCAGCGUGUAUAUUUCACGAACGAGACAGCGAUUGAUCGUGCUAUAAAUCCACCAAAAACUAAACUCACUGAAUUUUUUGAAUUGUGUAAUCGUGCGGAUGAUUUUGGUGCCUUUGCACUGAAUCCAAGACAGACUGAGUGCUUUUAUCUUCGACUAUUGUUGGUUAAUGUUACUGGCCCAUUGUCAUUUCAAGAUAUACGUAAAGUGAAUGGGCAACAGUAUACAACGUAUAAAGAUGCAUGCCUUGCACUCGGCUUGCUAGAAGAUGACAAUCAGUGGGAAUGUAUGCUUGCUGAAGCAGCAUUGAACUGUACAGCAAUACAAAUUCGUCUACUAUUCGCUAUAGUGUUGACUACAUGUUUUCCAGCCCGAGCAGAGAUAUUGUGGAAUAAUUACAAAGAUUCAGUGACUGAUGAUAUAUUGCAUCAACAUCGUACACGGUGUAACGAUCUAGCGAUAACAUUCAGCGACUAUAUGUACAAUGAAGCAUUGAUUGCUAUUGAGGAUCUUUGCAUUAUCAUUGCCAACUUACCACUCAGUCAUUUCGGUAUGAAUUCGCCAAAUCGAGGUGCAACUGAUUUAAUGAACACUGAAAUGAAUCGUGAAAUGCAGUACAACACUGUAGAAACGGCGACGAUUGUUACUCGCAAUGUCCCACUAAUGAAUGAGGAACAAAGAACCAUUUACGACCACAUUAUGCUCUCAGUUUCAGCAGGACAAGGUGGGUUCUUCUUUUUAGAUGCACCAGGUGAAACUGGCAAGACAUUCCUUAUUUCGCUAAUUCUCGCCAAAAAUACGAUCCAAUAA